GGGAGUGAGAGAGGACCGGGAACCGGGGAUUUGACCUUUUCCACAUAAAAUCGGGUUUGUGAGGGCGCGCGGGGAGCCAUGGCGGUGUUCUCUGCUCUGUGGGUGCUCUUACUGUGCCAGCUUUUGACAUCAUCCUCAGCCCAGAGGCCGGGCCCCAGGGGAGCUGCUGGGCCACCAGGACCCCCAGGACCACCGGGAAGGGAUGGCACUGAUGGCAAACCUGGACCUUCUGGACUGCCAGGGAAAGCAGGUCCCAAAGGGAAAGCAGGAAUACCAGGAUCACCAGGAAAACCAGGCCUGCCAGGACUUCCAGGGGUGGAUGGUUUGACAGGUCCUGAUGGUCCUGCUGGGAAGGACGGACCCCCAGGGGAAGCAGGUGAAUCUGGACCUCCUGGGCCACCUGGACCUCCUGGCAGAGGGAGACCAGGAGCUGCAGGACUACCUGGAACCAACGGGUUGCCAGGCGGAGUUGGACCCCAGGGUCCAGUGGGUGCUGAGGGUCUUCCAGGACUUCCCGGACCUCCUGGCCCUGAUGGACCCCCAGGUCUUCCUGGUACUCUUCAUGAUCUUAACGGUGACCUUCUGUGUCCUGCAAUCUGUCCCCCUGGUCCCUCCGGUCCUCCUGGGAUGCCAGGAUUCAAGGGUCACACAGGACAUAAAGGAGACAAAGGAGAACCUGGAAAAGAUGGAGAGAAGGGUGAUGCUGGACCACCUGGCCCACCAGGUAUUCCUGGCACUGUGGGUCUGCAGGGCCCACGUGGUCUAAGAGGUUUACAGGGCCCGAUGGGAGCUGUAGGAGACAGAGGUCUGCCUGGUUUCAGAGGCAAACCUGGCAUCGCCGGCAUCAUUGGGAAGACAGGUGACGCUGGAGAAAAAGGACCACAGGGAUUCAGAGGACCCAAAGGAGAAAUUGGUAAAAUUGGUCCCAAAGGAGGUCCAGGUGGAGCAGGACCCAAAGGCGAGCCUGGUAUUCCUGGCAGAGACGGCAAAGAUGGUACACCAGGAUUAGAUGGCGAGAAGGGUGAUGCUGGACGCCAUGGAGUAGUUGGAGAGAAAGGACCAAACGGCCUUCCUGGUCUACAAGGAAAGGCUGGUGCAAAGGGAUCUAAAGGAGUAGUUGGUGAUGAAGGGAAGGCUGGGGAGACAGGACCUUCUGGAGAGCCAGGUAUUCCUGGUGAGAUUGGCGUCCCAGGAGAGAGGGGGAUAGCAGGACCCAGAGGAGUGGCUGGAGGUAUUGGACCAGCGGGCAACCCUGGGCCCCAGGGAGUGAAAGGCUACCAGGGGGUAAAAGGAGCCUUGGGGGAUCCAGGUCUUCCAGGUCCAACAGGAAUCCGUGGAGAGUUUGGUGAUAGGGGUCCAGUUGGAGCUUCUGGAGCUAAAGGAGACAUGGGUGUGGCAGGAAGUGACGGUUUACCUGGAGAGAACGGAGAACCUGGUCCCUUUGGGCCAGUUGGACAAAAAGGACAGCCCGGGAAACGGGGUGAACUGGGACCUAAGGGUGUGACAGGCCCACAAGGAGAGCUUGGUGCAAGAGGGCCUCCAGGAAAACAAGGGCCAAUGGGCUUCCAGGGGGAACAGGGUCUGCCUGGAAUUGCAGGAAAGAACGGUGUACCUGGUAAACUGGCAAGUGAGCAGCACAUCAGAGAGCUGUGUGGCUCAAUGAUUGAUGAUCAGAUUGCACAGCUGGCCGCUAACCUUCGAAGACCCCUGGCCCCUGGAAUGGUGGGCCGCCCGGGCCCUGCUGGGUCUCCAGGAAAGCCAGGAGUUGCUGGCUCUAUUGGGCAUCCAGGUUCCCGUGGACCACCAGGGUACAGAGGCCUGCCAGGAGAACUUGGAGACCCUGGUCCCAGAGGUGAUGUUGGUGAGUCAGGCGAUAAGGGACCCAUUGGCAAAGCCAUUGAUGGGCCAACUGGAGACCAAGGAUAUCAAGGUCUUCCAGGAGUACCUGGAAUUGUCAAAGAUGGGCGUGAUGGAUCUCCAGGAGAUCCAGGUGAGCCUGGAGAGCCAGGGAGGGUAGGUAGGACUGGGCACCAGGGACCUCCUGGAAUCUGUGAUACAUCAGCCUGCCAGGGAGCAUCAGUCGCUGGGAAAUCCUCCAACCCCAAAAACCAUUAAACAUGACUUCCUGCAACCUGACACCAUCCACCCCAAGGAGGAAGGGUGAAAAGUGAGGGAAGGAAGGAAUGAAAGAAGAGAGUGAUCACAAAAAUGUCCUCUUUAUUUAAAUACAUGUAUCACAAGAUGGGAAGAGUAACAUCAACAGAUGUGAUAUUUUGAGAGGAAUAGAGGAACAUCCAAGGAGUGAAUACCAGAGCAACUGAGAGACAAAAACAUCAAGGUGACAUCCAAAAAUAAAGUGGACAGAGGCACCGAAGAGUGCAAGAGAACAACUGCAUUGCUCUAAAUACUAUCACAUAACAAGACUUGACUUACAAACAGCUGGAAAAUGAAUGAUGAGUCCUUUGUGUAUAAAAAC